AAGAAUUGCACCAAAUUGGAACUUGUUAGUGGUGGCUAUACAACUCUCAGAUUAUUAUCAGCUCAGUGUGUACGGUCUCUUCCUUCAAUUUGACAGACUCACUCCUCUCCUUCAAGGCUUCAACCCCUGCGCUUUAUCAUCAGUCUCAACUCAGAAAUGCAUGAAGAACAUGAAAGACAUCAGUAAUUAUAACAGUUAUUUCCAAUGUAUUCAAUGACCAAUUCAGGCUUAAAAUCAUUAAUGAACUCUGGUUCAGUAUCCCUCUGGGAGAAUCUGGGUUGUUACGUAAAUAAGGAAAAAAUCGAAGUCACAUGGAAGAAUCACGAGGUCGACGUCUACCUGAUCUUCCAGAACUUGCCUUUCCAAAUAAUACUGGAAAACUUAAUUUGGAUGGGUGUGGAAAUGGUGUUUCUGGCUUGCCAGGCCUGAAGAAGAGAGGUCAUGGACAUGGAAGCAGAUCUUGGAUAAAGAUUGAUCAGAAUGGUCACUCGAAGAUUUUGGAGCUUGAUAAGGCUACUAUAAUAAGACAUUGUUCCUUACCUGCUAGAGAUCUACGACUAUUGGACCCACUUUUCAUUUACCCUUCAACUAUUUUAGGACGGGAGAAAGCAAUUGUGGUCAGUCUUGAAAAGAUUAGAUGUAUAAUUACAGCUGAUGAGGUUAUCCUGAUGAAUUCCUUAGAUGGAUGUGUUGUCCAAUAUGAGUCAGAAUUCUGCAAACGUCUCCAGACAAACAAAGAUCAAGCUGAGGAUUUGCCAUUUGAAUUUAGAGCUCUGGAAUUGGCUUUGGAAUUAGCUUGCAUGUCUCUUGAUGCUCAGGUACAAGAACUGGAGAUGGAGAUUUAUCCAGUGUUGGAUGAACUAGCAUCAUCUAUUAAUACUCUUAAUCUGGAAUGUGUCCGCAGACUCAAAGGCCACCUUCUCACAUUGACUCAACGUGUUCAGAAGGUGCAUGAUGAGAUAGAACAUCUCAUGGAUGAUGAUGGCGACAUGGCUGAGAUGUAUCUGACAGAGAAGAAAGAGAGCGCAGAAGCUUGUGCACUUGGUGACUUAUAUUUUCAAAAUAAUAUCUCAGGUGAGAUACGAGUGGUUUCAAAAUCUGCACCUGUUUCACCAGUGAGGUCAAUGAGUGGGGUUCUGCAAUUACAAAGGACGUUUAGCAAUGUUGUGACUUCAAGCAAACAUGGAAGCUUAACUAGUCCUUCCACUAAUGAAGAAAAUGUUCACCAACUUGAAAUGUUGCUUGAAGCAUACUUUGUUGCUAUUGAUAACACUCUCAGCAAGUUGUUCUCGCUCAAAGAAUAUAUUGAUGAUACUGAAGAUCUAAUCAACAUUAAAUUGGGAAAUGUGCAAAACCAUCUGAUUCAAUUUGAGUUGCUCCUAACUGCAGCAACCUUUGUGGCCGCCUUAUUCGCUGCAGUGGCAGGAAUAUUUGGGAUGAAUUUCACGGCCUCAAUUUUUGAUUACCAUUCUGCAUUUAAUUGGGUUCUGAUUAUAACCGGGAUUGCAUGUGGUUUGCUUUAUUUCUUGUUUUUGCUUUAUUUUAAGCACAAAAAGGUCUUUCCAUUGUAGAAUAUAUUCUUGUUCUUGUUGAGCGUUUUUGAAAAUUUUGAACUAAUUUUUUUUUAUUAUACUUUCAGUUAACUAGAUGAUUGGAUUAAUGAACUAAUAAAUAUUUAUUUACUAACA